AUGCUCCGUACUACGUGUUACCAUUCACUGAUUUGUCUUAUCAGUGAAUUGCAGAAAGAGCACCGCGGUAGCAAUAUGUCAAGAUUAGUGUUGCGACAGCUGGUGGUGCCACAACUGCAACACUGACGAUGCCCUGAAUCGGCCAGGAUGAGCCUAUGUACUAACUGUCCACAGUUUUACUCUUCCACCUCGACUCUAAAUGAAAUCAAAUUUCAGGCUUUAAAGAUGCAAAAAGAGAAAAGUGAACAAUACAAAGCACCGGAACCGGCAAAAAGCUCAGAAGCAAAUCGAAAAGAGCUUUUCGGCCCUUCUCUCUCACCAAAGGUUACGGUCACUAAAGGAAUUGUUGCUGUUGUUGCUGCUGACGUGCCUAAACAAGUGCUACAACAAAGUUCGGCUGCAGCUAAUCAAAUGCAGCAAGCCAUUAACGAUGAGCACACGCAAGCGACACAGCUAAGUAAAGAACGAAUAGAGGGCGCAAAAGACGGACAGAAAAAUCUGCUGCAGAAAUCAGUGAAACGGCGCAAAAAAGCAAUGAAAAAAGGAAUAAAAUUGGAAACAGCGCAAACGCAAAGAAGUAAUGAAACGGAAGAGGAGCAAAAAAAAGAUAAGAUAACAAAAGCGGAGGAGGAGGAGGAGGAGGAGGAGGAGGGGGAGGACGACACGAUGAAAGGGAUCGCUUCGCUACAACAGGACCUCAAUAUCGUGUCCGCCGAAGAAUAA